AUGUCGGCAGCAAGGACACAACAGCAACAUGAGGAGCCAGAGCCAGAGCACGCGCCACCACUCCUUGUCGCCGAAGUGUCGGAUGUGCGGCACUUCGCCCGCCUCCUCCGCGGUGUGGGUCUCAAACACAACGCUGUUAUGACUGUCUCGCAGGCAGGAUUCGAGGUUACAGUCGAGGAGAUCAAGUCUCUCUGUGCGACAGCGUGGAUCCCCACCAACGUCUUUGACAGCUUCAGUUGGACGGGCGAACCGGCGUGCUUUGAGAUCUCGCUUGAUGCGAUGCUCCAGUGCCUCAACAUCUUCGGUAACGCCGGCGCGGGCGGAGGGGCGUUACCGUUCGUGGGGAGGAAGAAGAAGCGGUGGGCGGGCGAGGGGGAGGAGGACGAGACGGAGUGGGGCGCGUCCAAGGGAAGGAGUACGGGUAUGCGCAUGACCUGGUCGGGGCCGGGGUAUCCAUUGAGCAUCAUCCUACGCGACGACGCUAAGGGGCCCGUAACGACCUGCGAGCUGUUCACCCUCGAGCCGGAGGAGCUCAUGAACCAGCCGUUCAACGACGACGACCGUGCCGUGUAUCUCAUCAUCAAGGCUGAGUGGUUCCGUGAUGCCCUGCUCGACCUUCCUCCAUCCUGUAACCGCGUGACCCUCCGUGUGCUGCCGCCCGAACAAGGACCACUGGUGGCUGAUACAACGCGCUUAUCGCGUGACCGCGCGAUACGACGCAACACUGUCGGCUCAUUCACGGUGUACGCCGAGGGCGACUUUGGCAACGUCCAGUUCGACUACCCAAACGAUCGCGAGGUGAUGGACUCGUUCGAGUGCUCCAAGCGGUGCGAGUAUAGCUACCAUGCGUCACACAUUGUCCUCUUGGGGCGCGCGCUGCAGUAUGCGCUCAAGGUGUGCGUCCAGAUCGAGGAGAACGGGUUCCUGUGCGUCCAGGUGAUGCUGCCCCUACCCGAGGGGCUGGCCGAGGGCAUGCACAAUGGUAUCCUCGAGUUCAAAAUGCAUGCGCUCGAGGACGAUGAAUACGACGAGUGA